GUCAGUUGAAUGACUUAAGCGCGUCUCUCUCUCUCUCAUCCUCGUCUUUUAGCAUUAUUUUGGUCGUGUUGAUACUCUUGAUCUUAGAGAUAUUAUGAGAGGUUUCUACAUUUGAUUUUCUUGAUAUAAGUUUUUGUGAAGCUCACUUGCUUCAAUGGCAGGAAAAGGUAGUGAAGAGGUGAUAGAGUUGGGAUCAUCAGACGAUGAAGUUGAGCCAGCACCUAAAAGGAAAAAGAUCAGACCAGAUGCAAUGAUCCAUAUUCCAAACAGGUUGCAUGGUGUAACAAUAAAGCCAACAACUUCAAAAGAUAGAUGUCGUACCAGUAUAUCUAAAGUAUUGCCUAAAAACGAAGCUGUAACAGUUACCAAAGUAUCAAAAUUUAUAAAUCCUCUUUCAAAUAUUAACAAUGGAAAAUCUGCACAAAAACCAGUGGUGAAUCAGAAAUUGGCUAUUCCACCAAUCGCAAAACCGAUUGUGAAUAAGACACAAGGUGUGAAUCCCAUACAUUUAUUUAAGAAAAUAAAUUCUCAGGUGGUUAUAAAUAAAGUUCCAUCAACUAGUAAAGUUAUGAAAAUUCCAUUAAGAAUAAAUUCUCCUAAAACAAUUAAUAAUCUACCUUUGAAUAUCAAUAUCCAAAGAGGUCCAGAGGUAACAAGGCCUGGAAUACCUUGUAAAUCCAUUAAUCCUCUGAGGCAAGUAGACCGAAUGAAACAUAAUCCAAAAGGUGUUAAGUUUAUAAAUAAUGUAAAACAAAUCAAACAACCAUGCCUGAAAGCAUCAAAUGAAGUUUUGACAGUUGAUCUAGAUGAUGAUGAUGCAGGCUCAUCCCCCUCUGGUCCACAAUGGUAUUUAAGACCAGAAGAUCUAAGUAAAUCAACAUUAGAAGAAGAAAAUAAUAAGGAACCUGAUCAACCUAAGUUUGAAGAAAUUACUAUAGAAGAUAGCCCUGUGAAACCUAAACCAUUGAAAACUGCAGAAGAUUUAGCAGUAACUAUCGAAGACAGUCCUGUAAAAGCAGUUGCAGAAAAGACUGUUACUAAAAGUGAUGAAGAAAGUUGUCCAAAUAAAACACCUCAAAGUAAAAAGAGAUUAGAAUACCCAAAGGAGGCCCAAGGUCAGCAUGUUAUUGAAAUUGAAAUUGAGCCAUUGGCUGUGGAGAUCAGUGAUGCAGAUGUUGAAAUAUCUCAGAAUAAGCCUGAAGCCCCACAGUGCAUUGGUGCCCCAGAUGUCAUUGUAGAAAUUGCAGAGUCACCAUUAAAGGAUUCCAUGCUACAAUUAACUAGCACUCCAAAGAAAAAUCACAAUAGACAGCCAGUGAAAUUUCCUGGUGAAAGAAUUGAGCAGCACAGUUCAGAAACUAGUGAAUUUCAUCCUGUGUACCAAAACUUUAUAAAGCUUUGCUUUGAGUUGGAAGAUUCUGAGGACAUGAGAAAGAUUGUAGAGAAAAAGGUUAAAACAUAUUACAGGCAAGUUCCAAAAGAUUAUACUGAGUCAGAACAAUUUAUAGACAUGGUGUCGAGUAAAAUACUUGCUAUGAGAGCUAGUCCUGAUAAAAUGUACUUGUUUAUAAAAGACAUUGUUGAUGAACUGAAUUUGCAGAGGAAAAUGGCAAAGACACAGCCUUCCAAACCUGAAAAGAACAAAGUUGCCGCUGCAGAAUCUGAAAAUUUCUUGUAUGGUGAAAAUAGUGAAUUUGAUUCAAAAAGGCAAAGGCAGAUACGGAAGCUGGAAAAAACUCUCAAAAAGCUCCACAGGGCCAUUCAGAAAUUGGAAGAACAAGAAGUGGAUUUUGAUGAUGAAGAGGACUCAGUUUACUUACUGACAGAGAGAUACAAAGAAAGAAUGAUGAGGGUCCAUGCAAAAUUUUGUCAACUGACAAAUACAAAAAUGCCUUCAGAACCUAGAGUCCAACUGGAACCACGUCCAGGCCAUCCGGCCGGGCCGGCCAAACGUUUGGAGAAGUGGAUUAAUAAAAAAGUUCCCAUUGGAACUCCAUUGCCCUUUCCAGACUUCCAUGAUGUAUUGAGAUGUGUAAAGGAAGCCAAUGAAGAGGACAAACUAGGAUGGAAUGAUGUUGAUAUAAUGGAAGAAGCCCGAGAUUUAUUCACGAGAUGCGGCAAGAAACUCCAAAGACGUCGCCAAGAGAAUGAGUGGAGGACAGCUGUAUCGAGAAUAUCUCAUGACGCUGAUCCUGCUGAAAACAAUGAGGAACUGAGGAAGAAGUUAGAGCAAAAUAAGCAAUUAGCUGCUAAAAAGGAGGUCGAAGUUUUUAAUAAAUUUGCUGAUAAACAAAAUCAAUUGAAAUUAGAAGCUGAGGAGAUUGGAGACAAAGAAGCUGAAGAGUCUCCAGUCGAAAGUGAAGAAGAGGAAAUAGUUGACGAGGAAUCUUUAGAAAAUAAAGAUAAGAGAAAAGAGCGAUUAAAAAGAUUGCUUCAAGAAAAGUCUAAAAAGAACAAUCUCGAAAGAGAGAAUGAUACAGCAGAUACAGCUAGCAUUCUUCAAAAUAAUAGAGAAUCAAAUGACGAGAGUGUAACCACAGAACAAAAUGUAACAGAUGAUGUUGAAAUGAAAUAUGUUGAAGAAGGUGACAAUAAGCAGAGCAAAGAUCAAGAUUCUAAUAUCGAAGAAAUAAGUGUUAAUAAGGGAGAUAAUAUUGAUAAUAAAAAAACUGAAGUUGAAGCCAGCAAAGUUGAAAGCACUAACACAAUUGAAUCUGACAUAGACGAGUUGCAUUUAUUACAGAAACUGUAUUCUGAAAAUGAGGUUAACUCGUCGACAGUUGAUUCAGAUUCGGAAGCCCAUAUAUCUAUUUCAGAUACUUUAGAUUCUGAUAGUGCGGAUAAAAAAAGUGUUAUAAGCAUAGAAAAUUCCAGUUAUUCCGAAUCUGAAAUCGGUAAAAUUGAAACAAGUGAAACAGAUAUGGGAAAGAAUAAUGACAAGAGUAAACAUAUGGAUGCAGUUUCUGCACCAACUACAGAUAUAAUUAAAGAACCUGUUGUCGUAAAUAUGGAAAUUGGUUUAUCGGAAAGCAGUGAAAAGAAAAAACAGAUACAAACUAAUAAUGACGAGUAUAAUGAAUCAAUUGAAGAUAUACUUUUGGCAUCUACCGAUGAAGAUACAGCUGACAAUGAUAACUCCGAAAAUCAUAAGGCAAGCGAACCGGCCAGUGAUGAUAGUCCUGGAAGCGUAGAUCAUUGUGGAAUUGUCGAUAAUCUAUCGAGCGUCGAGGAUACUGUGAAUUUAAAAGAUGAUAAUUUAUCUAUUGGAGAAACUGUUGUUGGACAUAAAAGUAAUGAAAAUUUGGAACUAGAAUCAAAUAAGUUGGAUACUAAUCUGGACCAAAGCACAGCUCAUAAACAUUUUAAUCGAACCGACAAAGUAUCAGAACAAACAGAAGAAGAAAAUAAUGACGAAACCGAUGCUAAUAACGCAAGACAAACUGAAGGGAUUUUAGGCGAACGAGAUAGGAAUGUUAUAAAUGAAGACGUAAGUGUCAUAACUGCAAAUGAAAAUGCAUGUUUAAACGAUGAUGCCCCUGAAUGUGUAAGUUUAUAUGACGAAUCGUCUUCAGGUGAGGCAUUAAAAGAAAAUAUUGGUAAAAAUGAAGGAAAUUCACCGAAUCAAGAUUACGGAAAUGUUAGAAAUAUUGAGAAUAUAAAGAGAUCAGAGGAAAGCAAAAAUAUUGAAGUCGAAAGGGGUACAGUGAGUGAAGAAUCAUGCAACAAUAAUUUUGGGCAAAACUUGAAUGAUAAUAGUAGUGUAAAUAACUCAAUUCAUAACACUGUGAUAAAUGAUGAUGUCAAAUCCAACAUACAGAAUGAUGGAGUAGUUAAAGAUGAUAUAAGUGGCUCAUUGAAGGAAUCUAAAUUUCUUGAAAGUAUAAUUACUACAUAAAUAUCAAUCAGGGUUUCUUCGAAAAAGGCAUUUAUUAAUGAAAGACAAGAUGUGAGAAAUAUUCUACAUGGAAGGCAUGGGAUCUGCUCGCCAAUUCUUGCGGUUGUAAAAAGUUGCAUCAAGUUUAGGCGUGUCUAUAUCAAUAUGUUUUGGGAGUGUGAGCAGCUCCAGACUGAUAAAUUAUAAUAUUGCCAGUUUAAUAUAUGACGUAACGUGCUUACCCAAUAUGAUGUUUCCUGAUUUAAAUACUAAAGUGUUUCUCAGGGGUCAUUAAAAUGAGACAAUUGGGUGCAAUAGUGAGCUGAGUCUGAAAUGUACUGGUUAUUACAACAUUUGUGUAAUUUGUAAUUGAACCAUUAUCAUCAUAAACUCUGAACACUAGGAAGUCUUAUCGAUAUUUUAUAAAUUUUGUUUAAGUAGCAUAUAGUAUGAUGCCCACUAUAUCAUUACAUCAGCUAAUUAAAGCAUAAAGUAUACAUGAAUACGGAACGGGUCGGAAAGGACGAGUAUAAACUACGCAGAAUAUAAGAUGAACUGUAAUGGGGUGUUAAAAUAAAAACAAACUCCAGGAGGAUGACCUCUGUCGGAAUGUAGAACGCUGGUUGGUAUGGUUGGUAUUUCAUAUUAGCGUACUGGAGCUGUAGAAUUCGCAAUAAGAAUAUUUUAAGAGGUAAGUAUUGGAUAUGACGUCGCAAAGAAGAUUGCAACACCAUAACGCUUUCAUAUUACAUUUCAAUUCUGAGAUUUAUUUGACGACUUACGCAGAAAACAGCGCGCAAUGUAAGACGAGGAUACAUUAUUUAUGUAUGUAGUUUCAAGUCCAAUAUGGCAUUUCUAGUCUUAUUCCAAAUUCUAUGGUGCAGUUAGAGAGAACUAUAAACUUGCAUAGUCUGCACACUACAUUAAAGCGGUGAUGUAAGUUUCUUUUUGGCUAAUUUAAAAGUCAGAUUACAUUUAACUAAUAAAAAUGUGAGUUUUAACACGGUCGUGUUUAUUUUCUGAUGGAGACUUGGAACAGUUAUUAAUUAAAAAAUCUGAUGCGUGAUAUUUAUUUUCAAAAGCAUGGAGAGAUGGAUCCAAAGGAAUGCUAAAGGCUGGACCUGAGAUGUAGUUUUAUUACAUUAAUUAGUAAUAAGCAUUACGUCAUCGUAUCUAAUAGCAUCUGCAUUUCAUUCUGGCUCAGAAGUAAUGUUAUUUACCUAUAUUCCACAAUAACUUGUAUAAUGUAAGGUUGAUAAUAAUACUAUGUUAUGAUUAUCACAAUAUUUUAUAGAAAUUGUAAACAAUAAACUAUAUAACUACAUAUAAAACGGCCUUUUUACUCUUAAUUGCUUCUGC